AUGGACCGGCACAACGGCCACCAUAAUGGACUUCAACAUGCUGGCGAGCACAAGGAUGAUGCAGGAUCCGGAACACGGCGGGCUAAGUGGGCGCGAGCCGGGCUCGGCGGGAAGCGGCCAGCAGGGUCAGCUCCCUGUCUGGGUCGGGGGACACCUGCGCCGGGGGUCCGGGAAGCGGGGCGCGGGCGGGGACGCAGCCGGGGAGGGGGGCGCCGAGCCUCGCCCGGGGCCAAUGAAGACAACCCGAGAAAAGUCGGGCUCCCGAGCCUUGGAGGCGACAAGUUCUCCCCGGGGCCACCUGCCCCGCCGGCCGGGAGGGCUCCUACUCACCGUGCAGCGAGAGCAGCAGCAGGGGCGCCAGGGGGGACCCCCGAGCAGUCAUCCCGCCGCCUGGGGGCCCGGGGCGCGGCAGUGGCGACGCCACCCCGGCUCUCUGCGCCCUCGGGGCAGCCGGGUCCUCGCGCCGCGCCGGCCGGGGCUGGGACCCUCGGACCCGCCGCCGGGACGAGCAAGUGCGCUCGGCGGAGCCUCAGCCGCGAGCUCGCCGGCCGCGCCAGCCGCGCCACAGCCGCUUGGCGCCGCCCCAGCCCGCGGCCCCUCGCGCCGCCGGGGCAGCCACUCCCCCGACUCCCGCCGGACUGCUCGGCUACUCCGGCCGCGGCCCGCGGGCCUCCGCGCCGCCCACUCGCCCCGCUCGGUCUCCCGGGCAACGCGGCUCCAGCGCGACGCCUGGCGGCCCACCGGCGCGCGCAGCUGGCGAGGCCCGGGCACCUCGCCGCGCGCCUGCUCCCCGCGGCCCUGGGUCCCCCAGGCGGCCGUCCCCGCCACGCCGCCCUCCUGCUCCCCGCGGCCCUGGGGUCCCCCGGGCGGCCGUCCCCGCCACGCCGCCCUCCUGCUCCCCGCGGCCCUGGGGUCCCCCGGGCGGCCGUCCCCGCCACGCCGCCCUCCUGCUCCCCGCGGCCCUGGGUCCCCCGGGCGGCCGUCCCCGCCACGCCGCCCUCCUGCUCCCCGCGGCCCUGGGUCCCCCGGGCGGCCGUCCCCGCCACGCCGCCCUCCUGCUCCCCGCGGCCCUGGGGUCCCCCGGGCGGCCGUCCCCGCCACGCCGCCCUCCUGCUCCCCGCGGCCCUGGGUCCCCCGGGCGGCCGUCCCCGCCACGCCGCCCUCCUGCUCCCCGCGGCCCUGGGGUCCCCCGGGCGGCCGUCCCCGCCACGCCGCCCUCCUGCUCCCCGCGGCCCUGGGUCCCCCGGGCGGCCGUCCCCGCCACGCCGCCCUCCUGCUCCCCGCGGCCCUGGGGUCCCCCGGGCGGCCGUCCUCGCCACGCCGCCCUCCUGCUCCCCGCGGCCCUGGGGUCCCCCGGGCGGCCGUCCUCGCCACGGUGCCCUCCUGCUCCCCGCGGCCCUGGGGUCCCCCGGGCGGCCGUCCUCGCCACGGUGCCCUUCUGCUCCCUGCGGCCCUGUGGUGCACAGGCGGCCGUCCUCGCCACGGUGCCCUUCUGCUCCCUGCGGCCCUGGGGUGCACAGGCGGCCGUCCUCGCCACGGUGCCCUCCUGCUCCCCGCGGCCCUGGGGUCCCCCAGGCGGCCGUCCUCGCCACGGUGCCCUUCUGCUCCCUGCGGCCCUGUGGUGCACAGGCGGCCGUCCUCGCCACGGUGCCCUUCUGCUCCCUGCGGCCCUGGGGUGCACAGGCGGCCGUCCUCGCCACGGUGCCCUCCUGCUCCCCGCGGCCCUGGGGUCCCCCAGGCGGCCGUCCUCGCCACGGUGCUCUCCUGCUCCCCGCGGCCCUGUGGUGCACAGGCGGCCGUCCUCGCCACGCUGCCCUCCUGCUCCCCGCGGCCCUAGGGUCCCCCAGGCGGCCGUCCUCGCCACGCUGCCCUCUUGCUCCCCGCGGCCCUGGGGUCCCACAGGCAUCCAUCGUCCUCGCCACGCUGCCCUCCUGCUCCCCGCGGCCCUGGGGUCCCCCGGGCGGCGGUCCUCGCCACGCUGCCCUCCACUGUGCCCCAGGCUGUCGGUCCUGA